CUUCACCAGAACAGCUUUACAUUCACCAAAGCUUCAUCAUGGAUGGAGAUAUUCCUGUAGCAAAGCGGCAGCGGCUGUCGAUGGCAUGCAACGCAUGCCGACGUCGAAAAGUCAAAUGCGAUACCGACUAUCCGAAAUGUCGGAAUUGUCGCUUGAGAGACGAUACCUGCACCACCACUGACCCCAAGAUGCCGGAAGUCACAGUAAUUCGGGAGUGGAUAGUUCAACCAGAAUCUUUACAGGCGAAUUCAUCCCUUGGUCAAAAAAAGGAGGGAAGGAUCCUGCCACAGACUUCCACUCGUUCACCUGGAUCCUUGUCGACAAGUGGAAGACCUGAUGUCAGCCAACCACUUGAAGCUAGCCCGGCUGCAUCUAAUUCUCGGAGCCAUGAAGUCGGAAUAUCUCCAGCUCAGCAGCCGUAUGAUAUGACAUUCAAUACAGACGCUCAGACCAAUCGGAUUAAGAUGAUGGGGGGUAGCAGCUCUCAAUGUCUGAUGAAGUCUCUCGACGUAUACCUAGAGUCAGCUCACAUUCAGCCUCUAUCACAUAACUUCCAGCAUGGAAUGCGUCAUGCUGAAGAAUUCAGCAUUCCCCUCGGUACAUCUUUACCAGAUUUUCCACACAGCAAUCUGUGUGACAGCUAUGUCUCCGUGUUCUUCGAAAAGAUCCAUCCAAUAUAUCCUCUCUUCGACAUUGACAAAACGAAAGCUGCUGUACAAAAUUUUGCGGCCCUUCCUUCGCUUCAAUCCUUGUCUCAUGAGCAAGGUCCUCUACUGGUGUCUGCAUAUCUUAUUCUGAGUUUAGGCGCUGAUGAAAGUUCGCAAGUAAUUACAGCGGUGGGGACCAAGUAUCUCGAAGCAGCAGCCAGUCUUCUUGGGCACGUUGUUGUGAUGCCUUAUCUUCAUGCUAUCCAGGCACUUCUAUUAUUCACAAUCGCAUACAGAGGAAGGAACCGGGAUGGUCUCGGAUGGCAGACAGUUGGGAUGGCGAUUCGCAUUGCAUUUACACUGGGUCUUCAUCGACAUUCACACAGAAGCCCAUCCAAUCAGCACGCUGUUCAGAAUAAGCCAGAGAGGCUAUUUCAUGCUCGCAUCUGGGCUAUAUGUUGCUCUUUGGAGAAAAUGAUGCAGUUGGAAUCUGGACGGCCUGCAACAAUACUCAGUGUCGAUCGCGACCACAUGAUCGGACCUGAUCAACGACCACCUGGCCCCGAUUUCCUACAAUGGCACAUGGUUCUGGCUCAGCAUCAAGGUCUAAUCUGUCAACAUAUCUACGGGCACAAGCCCGGAGAGCGAACAGCACAGGAAAUCCUAACCGACACGGCGAGACUUGACCGCUCGUUAUUGUCUUGGGCUAGAGAGAUACCAGAAGAGUUUCGUCCGGGAAACGGCCUCUUUUGCUCGAAUCAUGAGUUCCAUUUUGCGGCAUUAAUAUCCAUCCAAUAUUAUCAAGCACUCAUUGCUCUCCAUCGGGCUGCACUGAUUGCACCCUCAUCUACAUUCCAAUCAGAAGUUGCGAAGUACACCUUCGAUGAUUCCUCCAAGCUUCGACUUCUGGCAGGCGAGGCUAUUUGUGUGAAUAGUGCGCGAUCAAUAGCGAGAUUGACGAUUGAACUUUCUGAUCGGAAUGUGCAGUCAAGAAUUAUGACGGCUGGCCCGCUGCUGAUGGCUUGCAUCGUUCUAGGCAUAUCAUGUAUCAAAAAUGUAGGCAGCCGAAGCAUGGCUGCUGAUCUUGAGUUGUUAAAAGCAUGUGUUGAAUACACGGCGGACCAGUUUUCAAGAUCCGGGCACAAUGAUCUUUUCAUACGAGGGGUGUUGAGCAUAUAUCAACAAGUACGAUCAUACAUCGACCGGUCCCAGGCAGAAAAAUCUAGCAGAACAGAUUCUCGGUCUCUCAGUGAUGAUGAGCACUCUCGCAGAGCUGUUCAGAAUCCACCAGAAACUCAAUCUAAUGUCCACUCGCAGAAGGACACAGUCUCGUACGAUCAUUUUGCAGCUUCUAGCGACCACAUAUCAGACUCAACGGUCUCAAGAACCUUCGACGUCACUUCUGACACUGUUUCGCAUCAAAACCAGACAGGUGGCUUUCAUGUGAGCUAUGAUGCGUCGGGUCCAGUAAUGAACAACUACGCACCACAAUUUCAUUCUAAUGGAAGCGAAUUGCCAUUUGACAAUCUAGAUGUGCAAGAAUUGUGGGAUUGGAUGGGAAACAUGAACGAUUACGACAACUACAGUUACCAAGGGUCCUUUUAG